AUGUGGACGCUCAUGAAAAGUUGGCUCACACUCAGUCCUAGUCAGGAUCUAAUGACGGAAAAUGCAGAUUUACGUAGUCUAUUAGUAAACGAAUUGCUGUUGGAAUUGGUUUUAAAAAAUGUGAAGGCUUAUGAUGGCCUUGAAAAAGCCAGUGUGGAAAGCUGGCUACGAGCCGUUGAAGUGAUAAACUGUAGCUGGAAUUCUGUCAGUGGCACAGAUAUACUGCUCGACUGGGCUCAGUUGACUAGAAUCGCGGAGUUUGGGUAUUUAGAUCUGAGACAGCUUGAGUCUUAUCUGCGUAUGGAGAGCGGGCUGGAGAGAGGUGUUAGAGCUGCUCCUCUUUGGGAUAAUUCUCAGCAACAGUUCGUUGGAAUGUUAACUAUCACUGACUUUAUAAAAAUUCUCCAAAUGUAUUACACAAGUCCAUCAGUUACAAUGGAUGAAUUAGAAGAACACGAACUUGAGACAUGGCGGAAAGUGCUAAAAGAACAAGUUAAUCCACUAGUUAGCAUUGGACCUGAUGCAUCUCUGUUUGAUGCCAUAAAAAUAUUAAUUGACAAUAGAAUUCAUCGCUUACCUGUAAUAGAUCCUAAUACAGGAAAUGUUUUGUACAUUCUAACCCAUAAAAGAAUACUCAGAUUCCUGUUCUUGUAUGUAAGUGAUUUUUUGAUGUCAUAA